GUGAAAUAUGAUCGUGCCCGUCGGCUUCGGGACGCUGCGCGCAGACAAAGGACGGAGGCUCGUGCUGCGGUUGCUGCACGCGCGCACUGCCACAUCACGCGCCGCCGUUUUCCAGCGACUUCAAAAAUGAUUUUCGGACUUUCGCUGCUGUUUUUGGCGCUGGCGGGAAGUUGGUGCGCACCGCCGCCAACCUGUGAACCCGCAGACGAGAUGAUCGGAAGAUGCAGCAACAGUUUGUUUGAAGAAAAACCGACGUGUUCACAGAUGAACCUGGGCUACUGUAAUGAUCUGGAAUACUCCAGAACCAUAUAUCCCAACAUUCUUGGCCACCGCAGUCAUUCGGAUGCGGAGUCGGGGGCGGAGUACCUCCUGGUGAGCGUCAUCCGCGGGCUACUUAACGGCGAGUGCUCUCCUGAUAUACGACUCGUGGGCUGCUCGGUUCUCGCCCCACCCUGCCUGAAUGACAAGAUGGUCAAACCUUGCCGCAGCUCAUGUGAGACCCUGAGGAAGGACUGCGCUCACGCCUUUGAGGCCAUUGAAAUGGCCUGGCCCUACUUCCUGGACUGUGACCGCUUCUUUGCUGGCAGUGAGGAGGGCUGCUUCGACCCGCUGGCAGGGCUGAAAGCCAGACAGGAGCUCGCAAUGUCCGGUCUCUCAGCUGAGGAACCGAGCACCAUCAUCCAGUUCAUCUACACAUCUAACGCGCAGAUGUACAGCUUAUUGAAGAGGACGGCAGCCAAGUGCUCGCAUAUCUCUCACGUGUACAGCAUUGGACGCAGCACGGAGGGUAGGGACCUACUGGUUAUCGAGUUCAGCAGCAAUCCGGGACAGCACGAGCUAUUGGAGCCAGAGAUCAAGCUGGUGGGCAACAUGCACGGCAACGAGGUUCUGGGCCGCCAGCUGCUCAUCUACCUGGCUCAGUACCUGUGUUCCGAGUAUAUUCUGGGGAACCAGCGGAUUCAAACCCUCAUCAACACCACUCGCAUCCAUAUUCUGGCCUCCAUGAAUCCUGAUGGCUAUGAGCUCGCGGCCUCAGAGGUAGAGGAUCGCAAUGACCCGGAUCUCGGCACUCAGGAAGGUCACUUGUUGAACGGUUGGACCAAUGGUCGCACCAACGCUCAGAAUAUUGACCUGAACCGAAAUUUCCCCGACCUCACCAACAUUUUCUACCGGAACCGGCGCAGCAGACACUACCGCAUUGACCACAUCCCCAUCCCUGACUCCUACUGGUUUGGGAAGGUGGCGCCAGAGACCCAUGCAGUGAUGAAGUGGAUCAGGUCCUUGCCCUUCGUUCAGUCUGCGAGCCUCCACGGAGGGGAGCUGGUGGUCUCUUAUCCCUUUGACUAUUCCAGGCACCCCCAGGAGGAGAGGAUGUUCUCACCCACGCCGGAUGAACAGGUGUUCAAGCAGCUGGCUCGAACGUAUGCGGACGCACACGCCACCAUGUCAAACAACGACACGGAGAGGUGCGGUGCCUCCUUCUAUCGAACCAGAGGCAUCAUCAACGGCGCGCUGUGGUACAGCUUUCCUGGAGGAAUGUCAGACUUCAACUACUUGCACACAAACUGUUUGGAGAUAACGGUGGAGCUCGGCUGUGACAAAUUCCCCGCAGAAGUCGAACUUUACCCCGAGUGGAAGCGGAAUAAAGAAGCUCUGCUCAGCUUCAUGGAGUCUGUCCACCGCGGGAUCAAAGGGGUCGUCAAGGACAUGGAUGGACAUGGAAUACAAGGCGCCACCGUCUCAGUCAGGGGAAUUAGAAAAGCUGUCACCACGGCGGAGGGAGGAGAUUACUGGCGGCUGCUGAACCCUGGCACUCACAUCCUGACCGCCACAGCCAAAGGUUACUCCAAGGUCAGCAAGAAGGUUUACCUGCCUCACAGCUUGAACAAGGCCGGACAUGUCGACUUUGUCCUGAGGAAGGUUCCCUUGAAGCCCAACUUUGAUGACCACCUCUUCCCCACAGUCGACACGUGGGAUCGAUUUGACCCCUACAACCAGUUUGAGCGCUACAGCGACACAGACCACAGUGCCGGCGGGAUCGAGCGGGAGGAGAAACCGUGGUGGUGGAACUACUUCUCCCAGUCCGGAAUCCCACCUCCGAACUGGCUGCUGCGGAAUGUAUAGACGUGCCAGCGGACAGUCGGUUUUCCAGAAACCACUGCAGAGGGACAUUGAUGGUGGACAGUCUAUCAUCUGGUCCCGCUGGUGCUCUCAAACGCCUCUAGCAGGAAGAGUGUCCGCGUGUUUCUGCGCUUCCUCGUAGAAAUUGAACUUCCAGCCACGAAUCGGAAAUUUAACCAACACUGAAAUUGAAUUUAACUUUAAAGGAGACCUGCAUUGAAAAAAAUGCAGUCAGAUUUUUUGAACAAAAAAUGACUUACAUUUACACAUGAGAUCCUUCUGAAUGUAGUAAAGUAAAUCUGGAAGCC